AAUCUUUUCUGAAACCAGAGUUUCUUAUUUCCCAAACUAUUUCUCUCAAUCUUCUGAAAGCAUCAGCUUGUUUGGAGUUUGAAGACCUGGAACACGAUGGCAGUUAACCUGAGUAAAAACGGUCCUGCUCUGACGGCCGCCUAUAAGAAGGUGGUGGAUGCUAAGUCGGACACAGACUGGGCUCUGUUCACCUAUGAAGGCAACAGCAAUGACCUCCGACUGGUAGAGACGGGAGGUGGAGGGUUGGAGGAGCUGGUGGAGGAGCUGAACUCUGGGAAAAUCAUGUAUGCAUUCUGUCGAGUCCCAGACCCCAAUUCAGGUCUUCCUAAAUAUGUCCUUAUAAACUGGACUGGUGAAGGCGUGAAGGACUCUCGUAAAGGCAUGUGCGCCAACCACCUGACUUCCAUUGCAAAUUUUUUGAAGGGAGCCCAUGUGACUAUAAACGCGCGUACAGAGGAGGAUGUGGAGCCAGAAACGAUCCUAAACAAAGUGGCCAAAGCUUCUGGAGCCAACUAUAACUUCCACAAACAGCAAAACUACUUAGAUCCCCCGAGGGAGCAAGUGGGUUCUGUCUACAGAAAAAUCAACGCUGUAGUGGAGAUCCAACAAACCAACAAGGAUAACUUCUGGGACCAGACUCAGAGGGAUGAAGAGGUAUGGCGAAAGGAGGAGAGCAGGAGAGCGGAGCAGGAAAGGCAGAAGCUGGAGGGGGAGAGGAGGGACUUGGAUGAGAAACAGGCGAAGGAGAGGGAGAGGAGAGCAAAGGAGAGAACGCAGCAGAUUGAACAACGGCAGAUGCUUCAGAAAAAGAAAGAAGAGGAAGAAAAAGAAAGGGAGCUACUCCAACUGAAUCAGCAGGAAAACACAAAGAAGGUAACAGGAAUCAACGCUGCAGCAUCUGUUCAGAAAGCUAAUGAGGCAAAGUCAUUGAUUUCUCAGAGAUCGUUUAAUCCCAGAGACAUAUUCAAACAGAAGGAGCAGAGCUUUGAAGUCAAUAACAAAACACCUCCUGCUGCGUCCCGACCUGGGAAGCUGCAAAGCACAUGGCUGAAAUCCUUUGAGACUCAAACUCAGGUGGAGCCUCAGAGUCCCACUCCAGAGCAAAAGUCUCUUUCACUGAAUCCCUUUUCUUCCGGCACAUCUGACCUGUCUGCUGCGGUUGUCUCCCCCACACCCCCACAGACCACAGGCCUAGAUGAGCAACCUGAAGAGGAAGCUGAAUGGUCAGAUGAGUUUGAUGAUGACGCAGAUGAACAUACUCCAGUGGGAAGUCCAGUUCAUUACGAUCUGUACCAGGCACCAGAUCCAGUACAGUCUGCUGAGAAUCUGUAUGAAGAUUUUGACCAGGAUACAACUGAGGCUGAGGAGGCUGCUAACAAUGGCAAGGGGUGCAGGGCUCGAGCUCUCUACGACUAUCAGGCUGCUGAUGACACUGAGAUCACCUUUGACCCUGAUGACAUCAUAACAGAUAUUGAAAUGCUGGAUGAAGGCUGGUGGAGAGGUUAUGGACCUGAUGGACAUUAUGGCUUGUUCCCUGCCAACUAUGUGGAGGUCAUCUCUGACUAACCCUGAAAUUAACAUCGAUGAUCAUCUCAGUGCCAUUUUUUUCCCUCACAUUGUAAUUUGUUUCCCACCACAUUUGGAAAAUAAAACAACAAAAAAAUGUUGCCAACCAUGAA